AUGAGGAACCACAUGGCAGCAGGGUGGUUCUACUCCCCCCGUCAGAUCGUCCGCUACUUUGCGACGAGGUUGACUAGUCUUCAGCCGCCGAGGAACAAACUCCGAAACCCCAUCGCCAUCCUCAGAGAGUUGACAACCCAUCAAUGGCUCAUGUUCGCUGCCGGUUUCCUCGCAUGGACAUGGGAUGCGUUUGACUUUUUCACGGUUUCCAUGACCGUCACGGAGCUUGCGGCGCAGUUUAACGUUGCUUAUUCGGAUGUUUCCUGGACCUGCUACCACCCGCAAAGGAUAGAGGCAUAUACUGAGAUACUCUCAGGGCAUGACAGUCACUCUGAUGCUUCGGUCCGUAGGCGCCCUCGUCUUUGGCACAAUCUCCGAUCGCUAUGGCAGGAAGUACCCAAUGAUCAUCAACCUGGGGCUUUUUGCGUUCUGGAGCUGGCCUCGGGGUUCUGUAACACUUUGCCGCAGUUUCUGGGCGUGAGAUCGCUGUAUGGCAUCGCGAUGGGAGGCCUGUUUGGUCCCGCUGCUGCGACCGCCCUCGAGGAUCUCCCCUAUGAAGCUCGAGGUCUGCUCUCCGGCGUCUUUCAAGAAGGCUACGCCGUCGGAUACCUCCUCGCUGCGGCAUUCUAUCGCGCCCUGGUGCCAACCACCUCUCAUGGCUGGAGGAGUCUCUUCUGGUUUGGCGCAGGGCCACCGAUCCUCAUCAUCGCUUUCCGCUUGUGGCUGCCGGAAACGAACCAUUUCCAGGUCAUGAAGGCCGAGCGAGAGGCGAGGAUCAGGGCACAGCAGGAUCAACAACAGCAGCAGCAAGACGGAGCAGAUCUUCGUGCCACCGGCUUCCGCGCCUUCGUCAAGGAGUCCAGCAAGGCCCUCCGCGCCAACUGGGUGCUCCUCAUCUACAUGGUCGUGCUCAUGACUGGGUUCAUCUCGUGCUCCCACGGCAGCCAGGACUUCGACCCUACCUUCCUCAAAGACCAGGUCGGCAUGGGCCCGACAGACACGACCGUGGUCACCGUCGUGGGCCAGAUCGGCGCCUUUCUCGGCGGAGCCACCGUCGGCUACACGAGCAGCUUCUUCGGGCGGCGGCUGUCGAUGAUCUGCGCGUGCAUCGUGGGCGGCGCCCUCAUCCCGGCGUACGUGCUGCCGCGCAACAUGUCCCUCGUGGCAAGCGCUUUCUUCGAGCAGUUCUUUGUCGGCGGCGCCUGGGGGCCUAUCCCGAUCCACCUCGUCGAGCUGUCGCCCAACGUCCUGCGCAGCCUGACCGUCGGCUUGACGUACCAGCUCGGCAACCUGGCGUCGUCGGCGUCGGCGACCAUCCAGUCCGUCAUCGCGGAGCGGUUUCCUCUCCCACCCGCUCCCAACGGUACCAAGAAGUUCGACUACGGCCGCGUCAUCGCCAUCUUCAUGGGCGCCGUCUGGGCGUAUAUGCUCUUCUUCCUGCUCCUCGGGCCAGAAAUGUCGCAGGAGGAACGGCAGGAGCAGGCCGAAGCGGCGCUGUAUCUGGAGAGACUCCGCUUGGAGGGUGUCAGUCUGACUCAGAUUGGUGAGAAGAGGGCCGCGAACAGCAGUUCCGGUGAAGAACAAACUCCCGAGAGUAAGAACGCUGAUGGCAAAAAAGACGAGGAAGAUAUUGCAGUGGAGCACGUCGAAUGA